GACAGAAAUGUGUAUAUGUUGAGCCACCUAGGAGAGUUAAAGAAAUACUGGAGGAGCACUUUCAUUUACAGGAAGAAGAAUGCAAUGUUAAUAAUCCAACUGCAGUGGCUCUGGAAGGAGUGUGGAAUGUGAAGAACAAUUUCUCCAUCAAAAGCCUGAAACCAGUGUCACAGAACAACAGUGAUUUACUUUUACAGCCUCAAUUCUACUCAAGACAUGCAAGAAUGAAAAAUUGCUGAAUGUCAGUGCUUUGAAGACCUGAGGCUGCUUUGAUGUGUCAAAUCAAACAUCAGCAUAACUACCUACCUUUGGAAAUGUAGAUGUUUGUUUAUAGGAUUUUUAAUAAAGUUCUAUUUGAAUAUGGAGCUAUUUCCUUUUUGUUGUUUUAUUCACAUCCUCAUACUACUUUUUAAUCUGAUGUUGUAAGCAGUCAAAUCUGAACUGUAUUUCCACCAGUGAUGAAAACAUCACAAUCCAAAGAUUACAAGAUGU